UCGGGGGUGGAUCAGAAUGAUAAAAUAUCUCUCUCUGGAGCCCCAAAAGGGCUGAACUUGUAUUUCGAGAAUGUGGCCCAUGAAUUUUAAGACUGUGGAAGUGGUGUCAGGCUAUGGCAUAUAGUUGAUCUCAAAACCCCAGUGUUUUCCAAACUCUAGUAAACAUGUAUGUGUGGAUCACUGUCCUCGCGGGCUUGGCUCUGCUUCCCGCGCUGUUGAAAACUUUCUUCCCGUAUUUUUUCCAGGACUGCGUGUAUAUGUACAGGGCUCUUGGACGCGGGAUCCGAUUAAUUGUAUACACAAAGAAAACUCCAUUCUAUAGUAUUGUGGACUGCUUUUUGGACGCGGUGAAGAAACACCCAGGAAAAGUGUUCAUUCAUUUCGAGGGGAAGACUCACUCUUAUGAGGAGGUGGAUAAGGAGAGUAACAAAGUAGCGAACGCGCUGCGCUCGGAGGCUGGGCUCAGAGAAGGAGACACGGUCGCGCUGUUUCUGGGCAACGAGCCCCGCUUCGUGUGGACCUGGCUCGGCCUGGCGAAGCUCGGCUGUCCCGCAGCACUCCUGAACUUCAACAUCAGAUCCAAAUCACUGCUUCACUGCUUCUCCUGCUGCGGCGCGAGCGUGCUCAUCGCAGCUGCCGAGCUUCGUGAUGCUGUUGAGGAGAUAUUGCCGGCACUGAAAGAGAAGGGGAUAACCGUAUACCUCCUGUCAGACGAGUGCACUACAGACGGCAUUCAGUGUAUCGGUCAAGCCAUCGCCAAAGCUUCAGACACGCCUCUGUCCCCGUCUCUCAGGUCCAACAUCCAUAUCAGGACUACAGCACUGUAUAUCUACACUUCCGGCACCACAGGUCUUCCUAAAGCAGCGUAUGUGACUCAUGAGAGGGUCUGGGCUUCGUCGUUCAUCCAGGGUGUGUGUGGAGUGACAUCUAAAGACAUAUUCUACAUCAAUCUGCCUCUGUAUCACAGCGCCGGGUUCCUCAUCGGACUUGUCGGAUCCAUUGAAAGAGGAAACACUGUGGUUCUGCGGAGAAAGUUUUCCGCCUCUCAGUUCUGGGAUGACUGUAGGAAGUACAACAUAACUGUGAUGCAGUACAUUGGUGAAACACUGCGCUACCUCUGCAAUACGCAAAAGAAAGACAAUGACCGAGAUCACAAUGUGAGGGUUGCCAUUGGAAAUGGCGUACGAGCUGAUGUCUGGAAAGAGUUCUUAAACCGUUUUGGACGCAUUCAUGUCCGAGAGCUCUAUGCCGCCACUGAAGGAAAUGUCGGCUUCAUCAAUUACACCGAUAAAGUCGGAGUGGUGGGGCGUAUCAAUAUUCUCAGCAAGGUGCUUUUCCCCUUUGCCAUCAUUAAGUUUGACAUUGAGAAAGAAGAGCCGGUGAGGAACGCUGAGGGUCUGUGUAUCCCGGUCGGAAAAGAUGAGGUGGGCCUUCUGGUUGGGAAAAUCACGAAACACACCCCUUUUGUCGGUUACGCUGGGAACAAGCAGCAGACGGUGAAGAAGAGACUCAGUGAUGUGUUUGUGAAAGGAGACUUGUAUUUCAACAGCGGAGAUCUGCUGAGGAUCGACCACGACAACUUUGUCUACUUUCAUGAUCGAGUUGGAGACACGUUCAGGUGGAAAGGAGAGAAUGUGGCUACAACUGAGGUGGCAGAUAUUCUGAUGAUGGUGGACUGCAUCGAGGAGGCCAAUGUGUAUGGAGUCAAAGUUGAAGGUCAUGAAGGAAGGAUUGGAAUGGCUGCUGUGAAACUGAAGGAGGGCAGAGAGUUUGACUGCAACAACACAUGCAGUGUUUUGGCAAACUAUCUUCCAGUGUACGCCAGACCUCGAUUCAUCCGAAUUCAGAACUCCUUGGAAGUCACAGGAACUUUCAAGAUGAAGAAAGUGAAGCUGGUGGAGGAGGGCUUUGACCCAAACGUAAUACAAGAUCCUCUUUACUUUCUGGACCUGACGCAAAAGAAGUACAUUCCACUCUCUCCGGAAAUUCACAAGUCGAUCAUGUCGCAGGACAUUAAACUGUAAAAAUCCAUAGAAUAAGCUAACAGUACAACUUUUAAAUUUACAAACCAGUAGUUGCCCACUAAUCUCAGGGAAAGGAAGUGAUUACAGUGAAUGAUUUGAAACUUUACAGACUGGUACAGUCAACUGUUUUACAUUAGUACUUUAUGAAGUGCAUAAACGUGUGCAACCUUUUAAUAAUGUUCAUUUAUAAUCUCAACUUGUAAAGAGUUAAAUAGACUCUAAUAAGACUGUGAUAGACUAAAUAUACUUUAUGUAAUAGAAUAACCUUCAAGGCAGUGAUUCUCAACUGGGUCAUGGAGAAGAGAAAAUGUGAAAUACAAAUAAAAACCGGCAACUAACAGUGAAUAUCAUAGCAAAAUUAUUUUUAAGGCUCAUUUUAUUUUUAAAUCAUUUUAUUUUGGCGCAAAUUUGUCACUCAAAUUAAAAUUUGACAAUUUAAAAUUUCAAUUUAUUUUAAAUUAAUUUAAUUUAAGUGGCAUUUUUAUUUACUUUGGUAAAUUAAUUGUGGUUCCGAGUCACCAUUUGCCGCAAACCAUUUGAAAGCCACUGCUUUAUGGGUUGAAAAGUCCUUUUGCUGACACAAUGGCUUUUAAGAAAUCUGGCUGCUGGUUUUCUCAAUGCUCUUGUGUCAGCUCGUCAACUCUAAUCAGCUGCAGUAUCUGUUUUAAGUAGGUGAAAGGGCAAGUGUUCAAAACUCAUGACCUCCCUUACCAUCAACCUCUGAGCUCAUAAAAUAAACAUUUCUAAAAACCACAAA